AAAAAGAGACUGGUGGAGGUAAGAGAAGGUUCUCUCCUGGAAAAAUGUUUUGGGGCCAGUUUCGCCAAGGCGUUCGCGGCAGCAGCUAGUCACUGGACGUCGCUCCUGCUCAAUAACUUUUUUGUUUCAACUGUGCUGUUGUUGUAACAACAAUUGUUUGACACGUGGAAUAAUUGGGUGAAUUACUUCGUUCUGAUUUGAAAGCUAUUCCAAUCGGAAUUACGAGGAGAUAUGCCGGCCGCCAUCAUUCACCAGCGGGAAAUUUGAAAAAAUUUACAAGUGUGUGUUGUUCAUCGAAAAAGUGUCGAUUCAAAUUUUGAAUUGAAAAAUUGAAUCGAGAGAUUAUUGUCUUGGAGGUUGUUGUGGUGUCGGAUGACCCGAGUCAUCACGUCCGUUGGCCGUCGUAAUCCGACCGGCCGGAUGACCAUCUUAUCCAGCAAAAUGAAACGGUUGACGUUGUUGUUUCUCGUGGGCUGCUGCUGUUGCAUCGGCGGAGCAAUGUCGCAACGGACGGUUGGCGAUGAUCGACCAUUACGUUUCCAGUCGUUCCCGUCCAAUCCUCCGCAAUCGUUCCAGCAAAUCAACUUUUUCGGGCCGUCGCUUUCACCUCAGCAAUCUGCCAACGCUGAUGCCGGGUCGACGCCCAGUCGUCAAGCUCUGUUCUUUUCAUCGCAGCAGAAUUCCGGCGGCCAACCAACGUUGGAUUCGCGGAAUCCGAUUUUCGAGUCGCGGGCCGUCAGUCCGUUGUCGACGCUGGCGUCAUCGUCGAUCGGAUCCAUUCAAAGAGGCCAGCCGAUUCGCAAUCCGACGUUAGAAAGUGGAUUCAAUCCUCAGCGCCAAUUGCCCACAGAAGUGGCGGCCAACGCUUUCCCCAUCGGCGCCGCCCGGUUAACUCCGGCUUCCACCUCGAUCCAGCAGCCGGGCCAGCAACAACGACAAAAGCCCAUCGUUCAAUUCCAGUUUAACAGAGACCAGGUUCAACCUAUGAACCCGGCGGGCAAUUUCAAUCGACUCCAACAACCGGAAUUGAAAUUGGAAAUGCUUCCGGAAAUACACGAUUUCCCUCUUCCGGUUCCCCUUGGAUUCCGGACACCGUUUUUCCAUCAACAGACUCCACCGACGGAGGUCAAACCCCAAACGGAAGAGCCUAGACUUUCACCUCCGGAGCCCAUCCAGGAGUCAGCUCCGCCCCCGGAACCUUUAGAAGAAUCUCUUCCAUUUCCUGUCCAGGAGAUUCCGGAUGUUCAACCUCCAGCUCAGAUUGAAACCAACGAAUUCCAGCGUGUCCGACCUACGAUCCAGCAAGAGUCGCCGUUGAACUUUGAACCUCCGGCCACCCCGCGUCCGUCCCAACUUCAAGUGUUGAGCGAUCAGCCGGAAGAAGCGGGUCGCGACAGCCAAAACAACCGGAGAAAUCGAUUGAGACGGCCAUUGUCAAAUGGCGAUACGCCGGCGACGGAAUUGCCCAACAGUCCGCGACGUGUGCCUCCGGUCCGUGAGAGCAAUCCUAAUCUGAGACCGGUCCUCCUGGUCGAUGACACACCUGCUCUGACGACCGGAAGCUUCCGACAAAGAUUCCGUUCGACUACCAUCGCCGCUCCAUUGACCACCACCGAAGCCGAGGAACAACAACAACCGGUCACGAUUCGCACGAGGACGCCGUUCCUGCGCCCAAUACGGCCCAGCACCACCACCAGCCGAACUCGUCCGGGCGUCCGGUUAUUCACGACGACUACGCAAACGAUUGAAGAAGAAAUCACGACACGCGCUCCGGCGACUACCAACCGAUUUUUUGGUGGACGGCGGCCAAUCAGACCUCUUCCAGUCGAGGAGGAGCCAGAAAUCCUGAUGACAACCACCACUCAAAGAGCAACUCCGACGACCGGAAGGGUGCGGAGUAAUUUCCGGUUCAAUUCACCCGAGCAAACCGUAACGACGACCGUCAAAUCCGUCCGGUUUAACACGCCGGAGCAGAGUCGACCUCAAGUUGAGACAGUCCAAUCUCCGGUUGUUCCAGUUCCAGUGGACGUUGAUGCUCUUGCGGCCAACAGUGUCACCGACAAUCAAGGAUCUGUUGACCAGCAGCCGGAGUUGAUUUCAAAACCGGAAGAGGAACCAGUUGUUGAAGUCACGACCGAACCAGACGUGGAAUAUUAUUACGACGAUGUUGUCGAUGAAGGUGAAUCGACCCAGUCGACCAACGAGACUACUCUGUCGACGACGACGGUGGAAAAUAUUCCGGAACCAUCGACUUCUACGGCUCCGCCGCCAGAGCUUCCAGCGGAAGCCGAAUUAUUACCACCACCAUCGACGGAAGCCAUUGCUACGGCUGUUGAGCAGCCAGUGGUGGAGAACGACCACAAACCCAUCAUUGAUGAACCAAUCAUCCACGAACCGGUUACCGAACAAGUCGUCAUCCAACCGCCAACAGAUGCCGCCGUUGCUGCGGAAGAAGCCGAUGGACCUACCACCGUCGAUGCCGAACAGGUUGAAGAGGCUCCGGCCAACAAGACUCUGCCGACUGCCAACAACAACAACAACAACAACAACGGUGCUGGGCCUUCCAAAUUGAAGAUUUUCAAUCUGGGUCGUAGGAAUACGUCGUCUGUCAAUCUGGAUAAUAUCGUCUUUGUUCCCAAUUUGGACGGGUUCGUCCUGCCGGCCAGCAGCAACAACCCAGUGACGCCCAACACGGUAUCAGUGGAAACCAGUCGAAGUGUGACAGUCGUAAAGAUGUCAGUCGACCCAUUACCGACAACGACGGAGAGUCCAGGAGGGUCUUUGUCGCCGGGUGACAGACAGAGUAAAGCUAUCGCUUCAUCCAAGACGGACAAUCUGGCCAGCAGUCAAACAACUGCUGCUGAUGGGAAACAACCGCCGGUCAAAGAAGAGCAGGCCGGUGACAGUUUAUUGCCUGAGCCGACCAAAGCCCCAGAAAACCGUAACGACGAAUUGGAUCUGAUCCAGUCGGAUUUAUUCGACAAGCAUUUGAAUAACAAUUUCAACAUGGAGGCCAAUAAAGCCACUAAUGCCACGACUACGACGACUCCAGCAGCUCCGACCAGCUCACGCCCGCCAUUCCGUCCAGGAUUCAAACGGCCUUUCGAUUUCUUGGGCACGACAACAACGGCCGUUCCGGCGACCGAACAAAUCGAAGUUGUUCCAACAUCUUCGACGACUGAAACUGUGGCGGCCGUUUCUUCUUCCACCGCGGAGCCAUCGACCACAACAACAACAACAGCGGCUGCUGAAGCGGCCGAAACGACGACAUUGUCGCUGUUUGAUCGGUUGUUUGGCAAGAAAGUUGUCGUUAUGGACGACAUUUCCAGUCUCCUUCCACCCGGAUUCGCUCCGCCCAAAGAAGUUGAUGAAGCUCCAGUUACUACUCAAGUUGUUGCUCCAGUUACGGAACCUGCCGCUCCAGUGACCCAAGUUUCUGUAGCUCCUGUUGAAGUUGAAGCUCCUAAAGUUGUUCCAGAAGCUCCAGUGGGUCCUCCUCCAGUAAUAAACCCGCUAGACAAGAUUUUGGGGUCAAUCAAAGAUGACGACAUUUCCGCUUUUCUACCGCCUGGAUUCAAAAUGGAACAGCCACCGCCGACGGAAGCCUCUGCAACAACAACUACAACAACAACAGCCAAGAAUCCAUUCGCCGGUUUAUUCGACACGGCCAAUAUGGACGACUUGGGCGGUUUAUUGCCACCUAAUUUCAAACAUCAUUUAUUCACUCCGGCGCCUAGUAAAACCACGCCCACCGCCGUCACGUCGGAAUCAUCAUCCGCAGUUGCGGAAUCUUCCACAGCUUCACCUAGCGAACCUUCAACGACGACGGCCAAAAAGGGUCUAGUCUUCCCGACGAGAGCCAGUCCGGCCCGUACGACCACCAGCGAAAAACCCAAAAUUAAACCAACGCAAUCCGCCGUCGAAAUCAAAUCCGGCUGGCCAGUUCGGGCUACGACGGAAUUCACUGGAUGGCCGUCGCCUCCAACGCAACCUUACUCACCGCCGUCGACCACUUCGACGACGGCCAGAACGACGACGACGACAACAACAACAACAACGACAACAACUCCUCGAGUGACGACCGUCGGGCAAUGCGGCGAAGAAUGCCGACUGGCCGGCACCAUCCGUCUGGUGGACGGAAUCGACUGGAUGCCGGAAUUGUCUGAUCACAAUACCCGCGAGUGGUAUCAAUUGGCGGCCAUCGUCGAGAAUUCGCUGGACGUCGUCUACCAAAGCGGACCAUUAGCUCCGUGGUACGCCGGUAUUGUCGUCGAAGCUUUCAGUCGCGGCAGUGUCUUGGUAGACUAUUACCUGAAUCUCAACGGCACCACCAUUUUGGACACGGGAGAAAUUCGCAACUAUUUCCACAUGUCCCUGGACAAAGAAGGAGAGAAUUACAAACUUGGCAACUACACUGUCGAUACCAAAUCGACCGACUUUAUCGUUUUAAGGCAACCGGUCGUGUCAGGUGAAAAGCAAAGAGUCGUCACCGGUGGAGUUGGAGAGUGGGUGAUUGCCGUGAUAGUUGUCGGUUUAGCCUCGCUCAUCUUCGUCAUCGCCUUCGGAACAACGAUGUUGAUCCGGCGGAGGAGGCAGCACCAAAGGAAACCCCUGCCGUUGACGGAGGAAAUGCUCAACGAACUGAAUAAGAAUCACAUGUCCGGCGCCGAUAAUGCCGGUGGCGAUUCUUUCUACAACGACGAAGUUGCCGAUGCUUGGGACCAUCGUACCAACUUCCCUACUAAACCUAUUAAGCCUCUCCCUAGACCGGCAUCAGUCAGCGCUAUUCACCAGUCAAAUCGGACUCACGGCAGCAGCAGCGGUUACAAUUACAAUCACUACACCAACUACAACAACUUCCGGCCGCAGCUGCACGACUCGUGGAAAUCAGAGUGGGAUAGCAGUUACUAUGACACUUCCAAUUCCGGUACAGCUCCACGGUCGUCCAAAACAGCUCCUACCCGGCCCGCCACCAGCUACGGUCGAUACCCAACUUAUGGACGUUCACGUCCUUCCAAUUUUCACGACGAUUUUUAAAAAGGAUUUUUGUUUUUUUCAUUUCGCUGCUUCCAAGGGAGAAUAAUAAUUAAUUUGUUUUUUUAAAGAAGAAGAUGGGAGGAAAACAACUGAAAAUUAGGAAUUUUUUGUACAGUUUCUUUCUUUUCUCGCCCUCUUUUAAAUAAUAAUAAUAAUGUUUCUUCCUUGUGUAAUGACUCAUUGGUAUAACAUUGUUGUGUGAAAAUUUCUCCUGCAAAUUCCAGUCGAUUUUGUGUUUCGUGUGUCCAUGUUAUAAUUCUCUUUUUUGUCGAUUUUGAUUUCCCCUUUUUUUGAUAUAUAUAUAGAGAAGCUAAAGGAAGAAUUAUCAACACGAUAAUUAAAUUCCUUUUGAUUGAAUUUCCUUUUUAGAGAAAAGCCCCCUGUUAUUUUAUUGCUAACCAUUCCCGCGACUUGUGUGGUCGAGAGCUCACGGGAACUGCGACGAGGUGAAAAUGUUUCCGUAUCAAAAUUCAUUUGAUGUAAUAAUGUGUGUCAACGUGUGUAUUCUAUCAAAGAGAGGAAACAAAUCAAUAUUAGACGGUGAUUUAUA